GGUCCCAUCACUGGUUACCAGUGCCCCGUCAAGGACAUAGCCGGUGGUUGUGUCGGUCCAACCGAAUGCCACUAUUCAAACCCCCGGAGCUGCGAGUCGUACAUACAGUGUACGGCCGGUGGUGUGGCCUACGAGAUGCCCUGUCCUGUGGGUCUGCACUGGAAUAAUAGGGCCAAACUGUGCGACUAUCCAGAAGUGGCCGACUGUAGCGCAGAGUUUGUCUGUCCCGUUGAGGACAUUGUCCGCACCCGAUGUCUGGGCGAAACGGACUGUGUUUACCCAAAGGCGGGUAAUUGUCGCCAAUUUAUUGCCUGUGAGGUUAACCCCGACGGCCGCACCGGUCGGCCAACGGUUAAGGACUGUGUGCCCGGGCAUGGAGUGGAAUGA